AUGCAUGCCAGAAACCCCCAUUCUCCUUUUCAAAGACUACAUAUGAUGGAUUGCGAUCUUUCAGCUCAGCAGGACACAGGGACCAUGCAAGCUGUAAUUGGUCAGGAUCCAAUGAUAGCUGGACAAGUCAGUAAGCCCUUGCUGUCACUGCGGAGUGAAAUGAAUGCAGAGUUGAGAGGUGAGGACAAGGCAGCUACUUCAGACAACGAGCUGAAUGAGCCCCUGCUUGCGCCUGUGGAAUCAAAUGACAGCGAGGACACUCCCAGCAAGCUCUUCGAGGCCAGAGGAAACACAGUGCUGCCUGACACGAGCCCAGCAGACCAGCACCAACCCAGUCAGUCCCAUCCUGCGUUCCCUGUUGGGCCUCAGCCAUUACUGACAGCCCAACAGUUAGCCUCAGCAGUAGCGGGGGUGAUGCCAGGAGGCACUCCAGCCCUGAAUCAGCCGAUCCUUAUUCCUUUCAACAUGGCUGGGCAGCUGGGGGGCCAACAAGGACUCGUCCUAACUCUACCUACAGCGAAUCUCACCAACAUCCAAGGGCUGGUAGCAGCAGCUGCAGCAGGAGGCAUCAUGACUUUGCCAUUGCAAAAUCUACAAGCUACCUCAUCCCUGAACUCUCAGCUUCAACAACUUCAGCAUCUUCAGCAGCUCCAGCACCAACAGCAGCAGCAGCAGCAAGGGCAGCAGCAGCAACAGCAGCAGCAAAGCCAGCAGCAGCAGCAGCAAGGUCAGCAGACGCAGACUCCACAGCCACCCCAGCAGACCCAGCAGCCACAGCCAUCAGCGCCAGCGCAGCAGAACCAAACACAGUCCCAGAGCCAGAGCCAACCACCUCCACCCCCACAGUCCUCCAGCUCCCCUCAGAAACCCAGCCAGUCACCAGGGCAUGGCCUUCCAUCUCCUCUUACUUCACCAAAUCCAUUGCAGCUGGUUAAUAAUCCACUAGCAAGCCAAGCAGCAGCGGCUGCGGCAGCAGCAGCCAUGGGCUCGAUAGCAAGCUCCCAGGCCUUUGGCAAUGCCCUCUCCAGUCUUCAGGGGGUCACAGGUCAACUCGUCACUAAUGCACAAGGACAGAUCAUUGGAACAAUCCCACUGAUGCCUAAUCCAGUCCCCUCCAGCCAGGCGGCAGGUGGAGCUCAGGGACUUCAGGUGCAGCCAAUAACUCCACAGUUAUUGACCAACGCCCAGGGUCAGAUCAUCGCUACCGUCAUCGGCAACCAGAUACUCCCAGUGAUCAAUACCCAGGGAAUAACACUAUCACCACUCAAACCAGGCCAGCAGCUCCAUCAGCCCUCCCAGACGCAAGUGGGACAAGCAGCCUCACAACCCAAUCUCCUGCAUUUGGCUCACAGUCAAGCAUCUAUGUCUCAAAGCCCAGUGCGUCAGGCUUCCUCUUCUUCCUCCUCAUCCUCCUCCUCUUCAGCUUUGAGUGUUGGCCAGUUAGUCAGCAAUCCUCAAACAGCCACUGGAGAGGUGGAUGGGGUGAAUCUGGAAGAAAUCCGAGAAUUUGCCAAAGCUUUUAAAAUCCGGCGCCUGUCCCUUGGCCUGACACAGACUCAAGUUGGCCAAGCCCUAAGCGCCACCGAAGGCCCAGCCUAUAGCCAGUCUGCCAUCUGCAGACACACCAUCCUGAGAAGCCACUUUUUCCUACCACAGGAAGCCCAAGAGAACACUAUAGCUAGCAGUCUGACAGCCAAACUGAACCCUGGCCUUUUGUAUCCUGCCAGGUUUGAAAAGCUGGACAUCACCCCUAAAAGUGCCCAGAAGAUAAAGCCGGUGCUUGAGCGGUGGAUGGCUGAGGCUGAGGCCCGCCAUCGAGCAGGUAUGCAGAACCUUACCGAGUUUAUCGGAAGCGAACCAUCCAAAAAGCGCAAGAGGCGUACCUCAUUCACGCCACAAGCCCUUGAGAUCUUGAAUGCCCACUUUGAGAAGAACACGCACCCUUCUGGGCAAGAAAUGACAGAGAUUGCAGAGAAACUGAACUAUGACCGGGAAGUAGUUAGAGUUUGGUUCUGCAAUAAGAGGCAAGCACUGAAGAACACAAUUAAACGUUUGAAACAACACGAGCCUGCAACGGCAGUUCCUAUGGAGCCUUUAACAGACUCUCUGGAAGAAAACUCCUAA